AGUCAAAAGGGUCUAACUCUGUGCCACUGCAUAACUAUAGAUGUGUUAAAAAAUAAUGAGAAUAUAUAUACAUAUAUAUAUCUGAGUCCUGAUCGGGAGGUAAUGUCCGAUUCUGAUCGAGUCUGAAAUCACGUGAUCGGGCCCGAUUUCCGAUCACGUGAUCGGAUCUGGACAUCCCUAUAAAUAACAUUUAAUAAUAUUUACUUGCUGACCAUUGUAGAAUUGAGAACUCUCUGCUGAACAUUGAAACAAAACACCGCAUUGGGAGAAGAUGGAAAGAAUCUGAUCUAGACUUCCAGUCUACCCUUAAAGAUGUUGACAGUGACCUCAGAGGCCAACUUAUAUGCAAGGCUAGAACUGAAUCAAGGGAGAGAGCAGUCCUCCUCCAUCUGAAAAGAAAAUAUCCAGAUGGGCAGGGCAUUGCUAUUAGACUGUCCAAGCAGGUAGCCAACUCCAACAAGAGACUGAGACAAGCAAUCAAGGAAUACAACAGUAUUCAGUGGCCACUGGCCACCGCAGAUGAGCAUCUUCCCUGCAACAAUUGAUUUUCAGGAAGCAUGCGAUCCCUCUUGGCCUGUCUACUUCUGCUCUGAUGACACUAUUGAAGAAGAUGAUGUUUCAAGGGGUCUAAAAAGGCGUGGAAUUGAUGCCUUACAUAUGAGGACACGGGCAGCUGAAGAAAAGCACAUGCUUUACCAGGAAAUGAGAACUGUAACUGAACACCUCAAUCAGCAGCAUUUCUUUCUGUGUUCUGCCAUCAAUGACACAGAGCAGCCUGGUGCAAAAGCUGCUCUCAUCCACCGUCUCAAACAGCUGGAAAGAAAGCUACAUCAUGCCACUGUGAUGUUUCACCAACAUGUACCAGACAUUGUUCCUGCAACACAUAGUUAUGUCGUCCCCUACCUGUCUCAGGACCUCCCCAUGUCAAGUGUACAGACACUGGUAGAUGAUGAUGAUGAUGAUGAUGAUGAUGAUGAUGAUGACGACCAUGACCAUGACCAUGACCAUGACAGCAACUAGCACUGUAAGCACUCAUGACUAGAGCUGGUUUGCUGCUUCUUGGUUUUUAAUGAAUAGUUUGAGCAAGCUUGUAUGCUUUGCUAUUUAUCAUUCAAAAUGUCUCCUUAAUUCAGCGCUAACCAAAAUUCAUCAAACUCUGACAGUUUAGGUUCUGUGUGUUUUCAUUGUAACUGAUCAGGAUCUAAUUGAUGCUGUGCUGCUGAUUAGUUGAUUAGUCUAACUGCAAAAAAGUGAGCUGUGGACUGUUAACUGCCAAUGUGAACCAAAAAAAUGAUUUAAACAAGCUGUUUUUGGACAAUAAACACUUUUUUGUAUAAG